CGGCUUUCGUAAAGGGGUGGACGCUGGUGAUCGCACCCCGACGACGAUUCCCACAACAGCAAGUCAUCUUCGCCCAAAGAACCGCGUUUUGGGCUCGAGUUUCCAACAAGGAUAAGGAGAUUUACUGCCUAUUCGAAACGUUCUCGUCAUACUCAACCCUGGCUCGCAUUUCACGCGAGUAUUAACCCGAGCUCUGACUGGGCCUAUUUCCGCUGUGCCAACACAUACUGGCCCUAGCCAGCCAUGGAAAGGCAGCGGGUAAAGAUCUAUACGGACAAGGAGAACGAAGCAUUUUCAACCGUUCAACAACUUGAGACCUCAAGGGGUGACAAAAUGGAUAGGAAAAUGACACGUGAGGAGCUUUUGCGCCAAUGGAAGCAAACUAGAACCGGAGGUCCAAAAUCUGCACUACAGAAGAGCGAUCCCAAUAUUGCACGGCCUAGGAAUACCGAUACAAGCAAGAAUUACGAUCCCAAACUUGGUAAACGACCAAUUUCUAAGCUUUCUAAAGUAGGCGUCAGGACCUCAAAGGAUAUUGAAAAUGAAAAACAGACGGCUGCUACAAAACGUGCGAAGCUCGACAGCCAGUCAUCUCAGAAUACUGACAGCGACACGGGAGAAGAUGAAAGCUUUAAUCCCAAAGUACUGGAGCAUCACAAUAUUCGUAACGUUCUUGUCACGUUGGAUGAGGGCAUCGAGCAGGAGAAGAGAAAACAACGGGGAGAAAAUGUGGAAGACGAGAAGCAUUCUAAAAAAAUCGAACUCAGAAAGGAAGGAAAGAAACUCAGCCCAAUCGGACUGCUUCAAAAGGAAUUGGCAACCAGAAAUGAUGACAUCAAUGCCCUUCAAGAUCGUCUUGCUGCAGAGGUUGCGCGUACUCGUCGCUUGGAGUUGCAACUACAUACGCGAGGCGAGGAGGCGGACCGCGCGAGGGCAGAUGAAAAAGUGCAGGCGGAAAGAGUGCGGAAUCUGGAGCGGCAACUCGCAGACAGGGAGGACGCGGAAGACGUCCUUAGACGAGAGCUCAUCAGUAUAGUUCAACGACAUGCAGUGGAGACGGCAAAGUUGAAUAAGAAGAUUCUGGAGUUGGAGUCCAAUUUGAAUGCAAAAUGUGAUACCUUUGUCCAGCAGGGACAAGGCCCAGAAGCAUUCGAACAACUGCAAACGUUACUGACGGCCGCUGAAAGCUCGAAGAGAGAUCUUGCCGAAAAAAAUCUGAGGCUGACAGCGUCGCUCGCAGAUGAGCAAGCAGCUCUCAAAUCCUCGCGGGAGUCAUGGGAGACGAUGAUACAAGAAGCGGAGAACAGAGCCUCUCGCGCUGAAAAGAGCUAUGCGAUAUUGGAGGAAGAACAUAGGGAUGUUACAAAAGAGUUUACACAAGUGGAACAUUUACGUCAUGAAGUAGAGGGAUUGAGAGAAUAUCUGAGUGGUUUGAGAGAAAGUGGCAUACCUCAAGAUUCGAGAUCUCUCGCUGACGAAUUGAAGGACGUGAUAGCGAGCCGAGACCAGACAAUUUUGACACUUGAGGAGGCUAACCAACAUCAAGCAGGCGAACUUGAAGAAUGUUGUAAUGUGAUUGAGGAACUGGAGAAGCAGAAGGCAGAUGCCGAGGAAUUGACCGUAAAAUACCCAGUAACUCUUGCGCAUGCGGAAGAGCUGCAGACAAAACUGCUCAGCGCUGAAGUUGAGCUUUGGCAAGUUCGCGAUCAAUUGUUAAAGGCAAAACAGGAAGGGGACGAACUGCGCGAGGCAUUGCAAACUGCAUUGGUGGAAAAUGAGAGGCUGCAUUCCGAAGUGCAAGACUUCCUAGCCACUAAUCCUCCAGACCGAAGAAGCUCCAAGAAUGAAAUGGCCACUCAAACGGAAAGCAAGUUUGAGACGCUUGUAAGUGACGCAGAAGGUACACUCAAAGCUUUCAAUGCCCUGAGAUUCGCCAGCAGCAUCUUGGAGCAAGAGAACGCCCAGAACAAGAUGGCAUAUGAGGCGCGAUUGGCUGCCAUGGCAGAACAAAGACGGGUGGAGCAAGAAAGCCAACAAAAGGUGGAGGCUGAACAACAAAAGCUUCAUCAGCGUCUGAUGGAGGGUAUACAGACCGCCGUUGAGAAGAGGAGAGCAGUAGAGACUAGCUUGCAAGAGUUGGAAAAAGAAAAUGUGGAAUUGAAACGACGGCUUGCUGGGUCGCAGGGCUAAACUAUGUUUACCCUGCAAGAGUUUAAGGGUAUAUGACGGUGGAUUCAUAGGAAUGUGUAUAUAGUAACGCGCUGAUUAAUAUAAAACUUGUGAGAUGUAGUUACAA